CUUUACUUCCGGUUGAAGUAAUACACAUAAUAUUUGCAGACGAUGGAAAUAAUUGAUCGAAGAUGAUCGUUACUUCUGCGUCAGAUUGGUGCAUAACUGACACAUGUUUAGUUGUCCAAUUCGACUCAGGAUGCGAAGACGGAAGAGAGUGCGAACCUUGUUACUAUCUGCCCUUGACCGACUCAUCUCGUGUUUAGAGUUCUGUCAGGAACUGAGUCAAGGGCCAUGGAAGAUGUGGCUGUUUGUUGUCCUGAUGCUGGGACUGCUGUACGCCAGUGUGUGGAGGAUCUUCUUCUAUGACCCCUGUGACAGCUCACUCAUCAGGAAACAACUGUGUGCCCAGUACCAUGCAGGAGAGGUGGCUGGUACUCUGUGUUACCCUAUGUGUGUACAAAAGGUACAGUUCUUCUCCUAUUGUGAUGCUACAGAGGAAGAGAAGAGUUUUGUGUGGCACCAGACAAAGUUCAAAGUUCAGAUGAUUGAUGAGUCUGUGGCGUGGUGGAGGUUGAAGGAAGGCACUCUCAUAUCAGAGUUCAGAGGUCAGGUGUCAUCCUUCCUGCAGCUGAAACUUGGACAUUCCACAUACGAGGACUUGACAGACAAGCUCUUACUGUAUGCAGACUUCAAUGAAGAUGGAAAGCUGUCUCUGGCAGAAGCACAGUCACUGUGGAGACUCAUACACAUACAGGAGUUCCUCUUGCUCUACAUAUUCCAAAAGAGUUCCACAUUCCCUAACAUUAAUGGAACAUGUGGCCAUUUCUACGGCUUCCAGCAUACUCCCAUUCCUCGUCUGUAUGACAAGCAACCAAACAGCUGGCUCAGCAAAUUGUUCACCAACUCCUACAAGUGGGAAUUCCCCCGCUGGGCCAAGCGCGCCCGCGUGACACUCGGCAUUGUGGAGUUCAGUAUGGAUAUCUAUGAGGAACAGGGCACCAAGUUUCUCAUGUGUGAUAUUUCCCCGGUGAAUUUCGGCAUCACCUUUGACUAUGAAGCCAUGUUGACAGGCACCAAAGACAUUGCUUCUGCAUAUAGCAUCGGGACUCUUCUCCAGAACCGAACAUGUUACUCUGAUUCGGAUUGUGUAUACUCCAGACAUUGUCGGUCCAUGUGUGAUAGGAAGGGAAGGUGUUCAGGGGAGAUAACUCAUCCCACUCUGUGGUUUGUUUGUGAUAUUAUUCGAGACUAUCUAUUGUUUGAUGCCCCUAAGCAUCUAUAUUAUGAGUUAAAGAGAUUGUUAAGUAAAUGCUCAUUCUUGUCAAUGAAAGGAGAUAAUCCUGAUUUGAAGCAUGCUGUCGUAUAUCAUGAUCUCAAAUCUUUUCUAUGGAAAGAAAUACAAUACAGUCCAGAUGCAUAGUUAGAAUUUGCUGCUUGAUUUCACCACAGUUUAAUUACUUUUAUUUUAUCUUGUUGCAGUAUGUUGUCUUUUACAACAACAAAAUGUCUAGUAAUGAUAUUAGUAAUUGGUUCAGGUUUUUAGACCAUGCAAAUUUCAUGGAUAAAACCUUCACUUAAAGGGCAAGUAAAGUGAACAUAGCGCUUCCAUAAUUCUCCUUUACCUGAAAGCAAAUCCUUUUUUUAAAGUUCAUAUUAAUAUCAUCACAUUUGGGGGGACAUUUAGCAUGUCCUGUGUUGUAUGUUUUGAGAAUACAGGUAAUAAGUUUUAAGUUGAUGUUAAUAUCAGAUUCAGUGAGCUGAGGUGAAAUGGGGUUUAACGUCGCGUCCAAGAUUAUUGCACUUAUAUAGCGAUGUGGAUGCACGUGUAUGUGUGGCUGCUUGUACUAGUCCGGACUGAUGCUGAUUUAUAGUGC